AUGGCCCUCCCCCAAACCCAAACAGCCGUCGCCAUCGCCGCCCCCCGACAACCACUCACCCGAAUCACCGUCCCCGUCCACCCUCCAUCCACGGGCGAAAUCACCCUCAAAGUAAGCUACACGGCCUCAACGCCCCUCGACCUCCACCGCGCAGACGGCGGGCUUCUCAUCCCCCAGUACCCAAGCCAGUCUGGUUCGGGCGGCGCAUCCGGCACAGUCGUCGCCCUCGGGCCCGGCGACACCAAGGGCCUCCAAAUCGGGGACAAGGUAUCUGUGUUUGCCUUCCACGGCGGCAAAGAAGCCAAUCACCAGAACUACAUUACUUGUCCUGCGUACCUGGCGUCCAAGAUUCCCGACGGCAUCUCCGAACAGGCUGCUGCGACGGUGAAUGUCAAUCUGUGCACGGUGUUCCACACUGCCACUACGGAUUUGGGACUGGAGCUUCCCUGGCCGAUACCAGAGGGUUGGGAGGCGCGGAACAAGAAUGACGGGGUUUUGAUAUGGGGUGCGAGUAGUAGUGUGGGCAUAUACGCCGUGCAGGUCCUUCGGCAUUGGGGGUAUAGCAACAUCCUUGCGGUGAGCAGUGCCGCGCAUCACGGGUAUUUGCGCAGUCUAGGUGCGCGGAGGUGCUUCGAUUAUCGCGCCGAGGGGGUGGUGGGUGAGAUUCUGGAGGAAGACGGGAUUCGUUUCGUGCUGGAUUGUAUUGGCAGUCUGGGGGGCUCGUUGGCGCCGUUGAAGAAGAUUGCUAAGAAGGGGGAUAGAGUGGCGGUUAUGUUGCCUGUGAUUGUGAGGGAUGCGACGAUGGAUGAGGAGCCGGUUUAUGAGAUGGAUAUUGGGAAGGUGGAUGGAUGGGCGGAGGGCGUUGAUGUGAGGGGGGCGAGGACGCAUUUCUACCUGGAUAAUGAACUGUUCAAGGAGAAACUGCAGCCGGAGAUUGUGCCGACGCUUCUGGCGCAGGGGGUCGUGCAGCCGAAUAAGUAUAGGGAGAUUGAGGGACGGGAUAUGGUGGAGAGGGCGCAGAAUGCGUUGGAUGAGUUGCGGAAUAGAAGUGUUAGUGGAGAGAGGUUGGUCUGGAGGGUAUCGGAGUGA